CCUGUCUGCACUGUAAGUGUCCUCGCGAGGAUCAUGCUGUGACGGUCAUGCCCCUGGAGAUGGAGAAGACCGUUUCCAAGCUGUUGUACGACUUCCAGAGGAACUCCACGUCCGACGAUGACUCGGGCUGCGCUCUCGAGGAGUACGCCUGGGUUCCUCCCGGCCUCAAACCGGAACAGGUCCAUCAGUACUACAGCUCUCUGCCGGAGGAGAAGGUGCCGUACGUGAACAGCGCCGGAGAGAAACACCGGAUCAAACAGCUCCUCCAUCAGCUGCCUCCUCACGACAACGAGGUUCGGUACUGCAACUCACUGGACGAUGAAGAGAAGCGGGAGCUGAAGCUUUUCAGUAACCAGAGGAAGAGGGAGAAUCUGGGACGCGGGAAUGUCCGGCCAUUCCCGGUCACCAUGACUGGAGCCAUAUGUGAGCAGUGUGGCGGGCAGAUUAACGGAGGGGACAUCGCCGUUUUCGCGUCCCGGGCGGGUCACGGCAUGUGUUGGCACCCUCAGUGCUUCGUCUGUAGCACAUGUGACGAACUGCUAGUGGAUCUGAUCUACUUCUACCAGGACGGGAAGAUCUACUGCGGCCGGCACCACGCCGAGAGACUCAAACCGAGAUGUUCCGCGUGCGAUGAGAUCAUCUUUUCGGACGAGUGCACCGAGGCCGAGGGUCGUCACUGGCACAUGAAGCACUUCUGCUGUUACGAGUGCGAGACCGUCCUGGGAGGGCAGCGCUACAUCAUGAAGGAGGGUCGGCCGUACUGCUGCGUGUGUUUCGAGUCGCUCUACGCCGAGUACUGCGACUCCUGCGGAGAACAUAUAGGUAUCGAUCAGGGCCAGAUGACGUAUGACGGGCAGCACUGGCACGCCACCGAAUCCUGCUUCUGCUGCGCCCGCUGCAAGAAGUCCCUCCUGGGCCGUCCGUUUCUGCCCAAACAGGGCCAGAUCUUCUGCUCACGGGCGUGCAGCGUGAACGAGGACGCCAACGCCUCCGACUCGGCCGAUUCGGCCUUCCAGAGCGGACGGACCCGCGAGACCAGGCACAGCAGCUCCAAGUCGAGCAGGAGCAGCACCAACACCGGCGGCGGGAACAGGUCCGGCGGGCGCUGCUCGGCCGACGUGGACCCCCUGUCCCUACAGAUGGACCUGCUGAGCCUGUCCAGUCAGGCGCCCAGUCUGACCCGAGAACCUCCGUCGUGGAGGAAGCAGGAGAGGCGCGGCUACGAGGACAGCGACGGACCCUCGCCGACGCCCCUGCAACUGCUGAGUCAGUGCAACAUCAGGACCUCGUAUUCCCAGCAGGACAACCGACUCAAAGAUGCCGCGCCUUCCAAAAGGCAGAGCAUAUCCGCCCUGAAAGGUCACUCGUUUAACGAGAACUGGUUCCAGACAGAACUCACCGAGCGGUUCCCUCACGAGCUAAAAGCCCAGGCUAGCUUCAACGAGCUGACGCCCGGCGGCUUCAUGGACAAGCGCUCGGUCAGCAUGCACGCCUUCCAGAGGGACCGGGGCGGAGAGAUGGGACUGGACCGAGGAAAGGAAAAGGAAAUCGGGACACAAAGCGCUCGCUCCAGGAACCCCAUCAGUGUGCUUAGCUUUAGCGAGCAGCUAACACCGCUGGAGCAGACGCCAAGAGGAUCCAUGGAGUCGCUGGCGCUGUCUAACGCUACAGGUACCUCAGCGGAUGGUGGCAGUAAGAGGCAGGAGCACCUGUCUCGCUUCUCCAUGCCCGAUCUAAGCAAAGACUCGGGCAUGAACGUCUCUGAGAAGAGCAACAUGGGUACGCUGAACUCCUCGGUGCAGUUUCACAGCUCGGAGUCUCUCCGCAGCCUCACCACGGGGCAGCCGUAUUUAGAGAUGGACCCACCUGUGCAGGUCAAAUACCCUUUAUCGUACGCUCACGAGUCCCCCGGGAUCACUGUCAUCCCGCCGGGCUUCACCUAUCAGGAGGAGGACCGGGCGAGUUUAGUGAGCAGUGCUCAUAACGCCCGCCUGCCACCCAUGAGCGAACGGACUCGGCGUCGCCCUGUCGAACCGGAGGAGCCGCGCCGCCGGCAUCAUCACCACCGCUCCCGUCGUUCACGCCGCUCACGUUCCGAAAACGCACUCAAUUUAGCCGCGGAGCCUCGCCCCGCGCCGGCGGAGCGUUCCCAGUUCCGCGUGCGCGAGGAUUACGAUCGCUUUCCGGCUCCGCGCCGACCGUUCAGCGGACCGGCGAGCAACAGAUCGAGGCAGCAGAAUUUCAGACCGUGCCCCCGGACGACGUCGGAUCUCACGCUGCAGAACCCGGCUCCGCCGCGCCAGCUGGGUCGCCAUGGCUGGGACCGAUACGAAUACGACGACGACUGGUGCUCGACCUGCUCCUCGUCCUCCGAAUCGGAGGAUGAGGGGUACUUCCUGGGCGAGCCCAUUCCCAAGCCGGUCCACCUGAGAUAUAUGACCAGCGAGGACCUGCUGCAUAAGUAUAGCACCUCCGGACUCGUAGGAUCUGGUCACAUGGGCAACCGUGGACAGUUACAUACACGCAAACGCAGAAAGAGCAAGAACUGCAUUAUAUCCUAACAUUAAGCCUUGUGGCACUCCUAACUACACAGAAAGAAUUCACUAGUCUUGCUUUAUGCUUUUCACAAUUGUAGGGUUGUUUAUGAGUGAUAAUUGUUCAUUUCAUUCUUAUUAUUAAUUGCAACUAUUACAUUUUUAUAGUGAAGUUUAACCUUGCAGUCCUGCUGGACCUCAUGUGCAAUUGCGCUUUGUUUUUAACCCGUUUAUAGUGCCGCUUCUUCCCUGCAAUAUGUCUAUUAAGUAACUACGGUGUAUAUUAGUAAAAUAAUUAAUAAACACACUAAGUUAAGGAUGUAAAGUGAAUAUAAUGUAAAUGUUUUACCACAUAUUUUUAUAUUUUGUAACGAUAGAACUAUCUAUGUAUUAAAUAUAAUGUAGUUAAAAACGCAUGCAGGCUCGUUUGCUGGUUUUUGCCCUGUACUGUAGAUUAAACAGAGUAUU